AUGGUGACUCUGAGCGACUUCCAGCGUAAGCGGGCAGCCGGUGGCCGCGGGGAUGCUCGGCAGGGUAGCCCUCGUCUCAGCCUGUCCUCCACAGGGAUCGGCCUGGGACUGGUCGGCUUUGGUGUCUUCUUCAUCCUCUUUGGGAUGCUCUUGUACUUCGACUCGGUGCUCCUGGCCUUUGGGAACAUCCUCUUCCUCGCAGGCUUGAUCUUCAUCAUCGGCUUCAGGCGGACCUUCACCUUCUUCUUCCAGAGGCAAAAGCUGAAGGGCACCAGCUUCUUCCUGGGGGGGGUCCUCAUCGUCCUCAUGCGGUGGCCGCUCCUGGGCAUGCUGCUGGAGGCUUACGGCUUCGUCAGCCUCUUCAGGAGUUUUUUCCCGGUGGCUUUUGGGUUUUUGGGCUCGCUGGGAAAUAUCCCCGUCCUGACCAAGCUUUUGCAGAAGCUGGGAGAAAGCAGCUCCAUGGUGUGACCGCAAGAUGGGUCCAGCCGGAGACGGGGCAGCGCAAGCGAGCCGUGGGUCCCGCGGGACCGGGAGCUGCUGCCCCAGGGCUCGGAGCUGGCCCCGCUGCAGGGACAGUGCCUCGCAGGCUGCGCCAGGCAGGCUUGGUAGCUAUUAUUUUAUUUUUUUUUUCUUCCCCUGAUGAGAAUUUGAUUUAAUUAAAAAACGUGUCUGAGAC